UUCAGUGUUAAUUUUUACUUUCGAACAGAAGGGUUGACAACGCUGAAUUUUAAAAUGAUUAAGGAAUUUUUUGAAAAUAGCGAAAUUUUUGUUACCGGUGGAUCGGGAGUGGUUGGAAAAGCUUUAAUUGAAAAGCUUUUACGUUCCUGUAAUGUUAAGAAAAUAUAUGUCUUGUUGCGUCCCAAGAAAAAUGUUUCGAUUGAAGAUCGCUUGGAAAAGGUCAAAAAUGCUAUGGUAUUUCGUCAACUAAAGCUACAGAAACCAGAUGAAUUGGAUAAAAAGCUAAUGGCCAUACCCGGUGAUGCAGUGGUUCCCUUUUUGGGUAUAACACCAGAAUAUCAACAAAUUUUGAAAAAUGUUUCAAUUGUUUUUCAUUGUGCUGCCACCGUGCGUUUUGAUGAACCGCUAAGAGAUGCUCUGAGACUUAAUGUAGGCGGUACAUUAGAGACACUGAAAUUUGCUGAAACUCUUAAAAAUCUGAAAGUAUUUAUGCAUGUUUCGACGUUCUUUAGUAAUCCAUACUUGGAACGUGUGGAGGAAAAAGUUUACGAAUCUCCCAUGGAUUGGAGAGUUUGUUUAAAUUUACUGGAAAGAAAUGAUAUCUCAGAGGAACAAUUGGAUAUCAUAACUAGAAAGUUAAUUAUAGGUUUUCCCAAUACGUAUUGUUUUACUAAAAAUUUGGCUGAGUCGUUGGUAAAUGACUACAAAGAUAAGUUGCCGGUGGCUAUUUAUAGACCAUCUAUAGUUUUAUUUGCAAUUGAGGAACCAGAGCCAGGCUUUGCUCCUUCUUUAAUGGGUGCUAUGGGCUUGUUUGCCGUUACGGCAGCUGGUAUUUUGAAAACCAUUUAUAUAGGCAAGGAUACCAGACUUGACUUGACACCACAAGAUUUUGGCAUAAAGAAUCUAUGUUAUUAUACUGUUAAAACUGCCAAUUUGUAUAAGAGUAAAAAUAAACCCCAAAAUAUACCAGUUUUUCUGACAUCAUCGUGUACUCACAGUGAACUGACUUUUCGUCAGUAUAUACAUCUCGUUCAAGAUCAUGGCUUCUGGGCUGAAGCGGCUUUUGAGAAAAACUUACUUAUACCGGGUUUGCACUGCACUGAUAAUCGGUUAAUGUACUUAUUUUUGGUUUUAUUUAAACAUAUUUUACCUUCAUUAUUGGCUGAUUUCGGAUUGAUAUUGAGUGGACGUAAGCCUGUACUUAUGAGUGUUCAUCGUAAAUUAUAUAUUACCUUGGAGGUGAUGAAACCGUUCCUUUUUAACAGUUACAGCAGUUCGGGAAUAACGGAUGCAGAUGAAAUGAUGGCUAAGUUGAAGGGAACGGAAUUUAAUAUGGAUAUUUUGCCAGCGUGCAAAGAGUUUUAUAGAAAUGUAGGAUUUUGCCAAACAAUGGUGUACAGUGUAAGAGAACAUUUAUUUAAAGAGGAUCCCAAAACAUUGCCAAAAAGCAGAAAAAUAUUGCAAACUAAAAUUUUUGUUUACAAAGUGAUUAAAUUCUUGUUGACUAUUAUGGUUUUUGGAAAACUCCUGCAUUUAUUGGGUUAUUUUUGGUCUGAAAAACUGCCACGAAGAGUUAAAGCAAACAAAAUGUUACCCGAAUUCUAUAAGGAUAAGGAAAUAUUUAUAACUGGCGGUUCUGGUAUUGUGGGCACAGCUUUAAUUGAACAACUUUUACGUUCCUGCGAUGUACGCAAAAUAUAUUUAUUACUCCGUCCUAAAAGGUCCAUGACUUUGGAAAAACGUUUGGAAAGAGUUAAAGAAGAACAGGUCUUUCGACAAUUAAAAAUACAAAAACCUCAAGAACUGGAUCAAAAACUAGUCGCUAUAGCCGGAGAUGCUAAAUUACCUAUGUUGGGUAUAACUGAGGAAUCAGCUAAACUAAUGAAAAAUGUAUCUAUUAUAUAUCAUUGUGCGGCUACAGUGCGUUUUGAUGAACCUAUACGAGAUGCUCUUAAACUAAAUGUCGGCGGUACCUUAGAGGCUAUAAAAUUUGCUCAGACCUUAAAGAAACUUAAGAUAUUUAUGCAUGUAUCAACAUUCUAUAGCAAUCCAUAUUUAACACGCAUUGAACCCAAAUUUUAUAAAGCGCCUAUGGACUGGAAAUUUUGUUUGGAUCUAUUGGAAAGGAAAGAUAUAGGUGAAGAGGAAUUGGAUAUUAUUACCAGAAAGUUAAUAGUGGGCUUUCCUAACACCUAUUGUUUUACUAAAAAUUUGGCAGAGUCAUUGGUAAAUGAUUACAGAGAUAAGUUGCCAGUUUGCAUUUAUAGACCCUCAAUAGUUUUCUUUGCUUUAGAACAACCGGAACCCGGUUUUUCUCCAUCAUUAAUGGGUGUCAUGGGUUUGUUUGCUGUAACCGGUGCUGGUUUACUAAAAACCAUAUAUAUAAAUAAGAAAAAUCGUUUGGAUAUAACACCGCAAGAUGUUUCGGUGAAAAAUAUGUUGUAUUAUACUUUCAAAGCUGCCCAGGUCUAUGAAAAAUCAAAACCCUUAGAUAUACCAGUUUACAUGACAUCAACUUGUACAAAUUUCGAUAUGACAUUAAUAGAGUAUAUUCAAAUAAUGGAUGAUUUUGGUCUAUGGGAAAAAGCCGCCUAUGAGAAAAGUCUUUUGGUGCCGGGCAUACGCACCACUUCCAAUCGCUUUAUUUAUAUGUUCUUUGUUCUACUCUUGCAACUUUUGCCCGCUUUACUAGUGGACUUUGUACUACUACUCACAGGCCGCAAGCCGGUUUUAAUGCGCAUACAACGUAAAGUAUUCCAAACUCUAGAGGUAAUGCAACCUUUUAUGUUUAACAACUAUGAAAGUGAAGGCAUAACCCAUUACCAGGAAAUGAAAGAGAAACUAAAAGACACAACAUUCAGUGUGGAUGUAUUAGACAACGGCUGUGAUCUCUUUACAAAUGUGGGUUUUUGCAAUAACAUGGUUUUUAGUGCCCGGGAUUUGCUCUUUAAAGAAGAUCCCAAAUCAUUACCUAAAGCUAGAAGAAUAUUUAAACUCAAAGUAUGGUUGUAUAAAUUUGUGCAAUUUAUUGUACUUUACAAAGUCUAUGUUUGGACUAUGGAAUAUAUUAAAAACUCUUAUGCAGAAUGGCGUCAUAAUGAUUUCUGUUCUUUGGAUUAAUUAUAAGUUUAUUAUAUAUAAUAUUUUAGUUUUAAUGUUGUUAAUAAAAAAAGUCCCAAAAAACA